AUGGCCGUAUUAAUAGAAACAACAUUGGGUGAUUUAGUUAUUGACUUGUUUAUUAAAGAAAGACCAAAUACUUGCAAAAACUUUUUGAAGCUUUGCAAAACGAAAUAUUACAAUCUUUGCCAAUUCUUUACAAUAGAGACAAAUUAUAUUGCUCAAACUGGAGAUCCAACAAAUACUGGAAGAGGAGGAGAAUCAAUUUUUGGUACUUUAUUCGGCGAACAGGCAAACUAUUUCGAAAUGGAGAAGGUACCAAAAUUAAAACAUACUCGUCGUGGACUUGUCUCAAUGAUUAAUAAUGGGGAAGGACUUAUUGGAUCUCAAUUCUUUAUUACAUUAGCUGAUGAAUUGGAUUUUCUUGAUGGAAAACAUUGCAUUUUUGGACAAGUGGCGGAAGGUUUAGAAACGUUAAUUGCUCAUACAAUUAUUUUGGAUGAUCCCUUUGAAGACCCUCCUCGUUUGAAAAUACCAAGACGUUCGCCUUCACCUACAAUUGAUAUUUUAAAGCUUGAAAAUCAAUUGGCUUUAGAUGAGCGUAUUGAUGAAAACGAGGGUAAAACAGCUGAGGAAAUUAAAAAGGAACUUGAACAGAAAGAAAUGAAAGAACAUGCACAAAUUUUGGAAAUGGUUGGUGAUUUACAUUAUGCUGAAGAACGUCCUCCAGAUAAUGUUCUUUUUGUUUGUAAAUUGAAUCCAGCAACGAAUGAUGAGGAUUUGGAAAUUAUUUUUUCUCGUUUCGGCACAAUUCUUAACUGUGAAGUUAUUCGAAAUAGAAUAACUAAAGAUUCACUACAAUAUGCAUUUAUUGAAUUCGAAACACCAGAACAGUGUGAAAAAGCUUUUAUGAAAAUGGAUAAUGUUUUGAUUGAUGAUAGGAGAAUCCAUGUUGAUUUCAGUCAAUCUGUGGCAAAAAAUUAUCAAUGGGAUAGGAAACUUAAAAGUGGUACAAAGUCCAUUGAACAAAAAAUGCCCUCUUCUCCUUCAAAAGAUGCAACAAUUCGUCGUUCUGACCAUCAACGUUCUUCUACUAGCGAUCGUCGUCGGGAUGACAAAAAAGAAAGGAAAAGAAGGGAUGAAAGUAAUGAAGACGAUGGAAGAAGAGAAAAACGAAAAAUAAGUAGAAGGGAUGUUGAAAGGGAAGAAUAUUCAAAAUAUGAACGUUAUUCUUCAAGAGACAAGCAUUCUUCAAGGGAUCAUUGGGAACGGAAGAGACGUUCAUCUAGUAGAAGUAGAGAACGAAGAAGACACGAUAGAAAUGGAGAAGAUUUGAGGGAACGACGUAGACGGUGA